AUGAUGUCGCAGCAGGAAGAGAUCUCUCCAUCGAAGCCUCAGCGGGACAACUUUGUUGAGUCUAUUCAUGCCGAUGAAGCAGGCAAGAUCCCAACGGCAAUCCACGUGGACCAUGUUUCGAAGCAGGAUCAGGCCCUUCAAUUAAUUGAAGAUGCGGGCUAUUCAACAACCCUCACACCGGAGAACAACAAGAGGGUGUUGCGGCGAAUCGAUUUACGUCUGCUACCAAUUCUACUUUCCAUAUAUUUUUUGCAACAGCUUGACAAGUCAACGCUGGCCUAUGCCUCGGUUUUCGGUCUCGUCGAGAAGGCUCAUCUCCAUGGCGACAUGUAUUCUUGGUUGGGAUCCGUCGUCUACCUUGCUCAACUGGUCGCUCAGCCGCUGGUAUCUUAUCUCUUGGUCAAGGUCCCAAUGGGAAAAUUCAUGGCCGUUUCAGUGUUACUAUGGGGUAUCUCGUUAUCCUGUAUGGCGGCUGCAAACAACUUCGCGGGAUUACUGGUCUGCCGUCUUUUUCUCGGCUUUUUUGAAGCUGGAAUUGCCCCGGCUUUCAUUGCAGUCACACAGAUGUGGUACCGUCGCCUGGAGCAGCCUGUUCGGCUAGGUUCCUGGUAUGCGAUGAAUGGGGUCGUUAAUAUGGUGCGUUCUGGAGGUCCUCCUGUUGUUGUCAGUGCUCCACUGUUCAUUUGCCGUAUGCUUAAAUUGUCCCUUCAGCUUGGCAGUCUCAUUACCUAUGGCCUAGGCCACAUUGAUUCUCCGGUCUUCGAGCCGUAUCAGAUCAUCUUCCUGUUCUUUGGCCUCAUCACUAUUGGUGUUGCCCUGGCUGUUCUUCUUUUUAUGCCUGAUUCUCCAACGACGGCCAAAUUCUUGAAUGAAGAAGACAAAUUGGUGGCGAUUGAAAGAUUACGAAUGAACCAACAGGGUAUUGAAAGUCAUGAAUGGAAAUGGGAUCAUGUCAAGGAAGCUUGUUUGGAUUUGAAGUCAUGGCUGUGGUUUGCUCUGCUGAUGGCGAUCUCUAUCCCCAGCGGAGGCAUCUCGACCUUUGGGCCCUUGAUUGUCAAGUCCUUUGGAUUCAAUCCCCUCAACACCAUUUUGCUGAAUGUGCCAUUUGGCGCAGUUCAGCUCAUCGCGACGAUGGGCGGUGCGUGGCUGGCUACUCAUUGGAAGAUGAAGGGGCCAGUUCUCACGCUGCUGUGUUUGCCGCCAAUCGCGGGCUGCGUUAUGCUUUUGCGAAUUACGCACGAUGCAUCCCACCGAGGGCCUUUACUUGUGGGGUACUAUCUUAUCUCGGUAUAUCCUGGUAUAACGCCUUUGAUUUACUCUUGGUCUGCUGCCAACACGGGUGGUGAAACCAAGAAAAAAGUGACAACUGGUAUAUUGAUUGUUGGGCAGUGUGUUGGCAAUGUUAUUGGCCCUACUCUCUACACAACCGAGGAAGCUCCUCUGUAUCAUCGUGGACUCAUCUCAAAUUUAAUCCUCUUUAUUGUCCUCUUCUGCCUCAUUCUACUCAACAUGGCCUAUCUCAGCAUCCUGAACAAGAAGCAUGAAAAACAACGCGUUGCUGCGGGGAAAGAAGCCAAGGUGGUUGACCACUCGAUGAAUAAAGUGACAACUGCACAAACAGACAAGGCAGACGCUCCUGUGCAACUGGCCACGCAGGACAACGCGUUCAAGGACCUCACGGAUUUGGCGAACGAGGACUUUGUCUACGUAUACUAA